UCUGUCAGGCAUCGUAGGCCUCACAACAUGGAGAAGGCCCAUGCUGCUACUGGUCAAUGUGUUUGUCCUGCUGUCUGUGGUGUGUGUACUCCUUAAUCUGGCUGGAUUCAUCCUGUGCUGCCAGGGAGCCCAGCUGGUUUCCAGUAUGACCAGCUGCCAACUGAGUGAUGCUGGAGAUGUGUGUUACUGCUGCUCCCUCUCCACCAGUUCCAGAUGUCCUGAGGAGACGCUGCUGGAGCUCCACCCUGCCCACUCCUGUAGCACCAUGAGGAUCCUGCUCAAGAAAGUGUUGUUUGCACUGUGUGCUCUAAACGCUCUGACCACAGCUGUGUGCCUUAUGGCAGCUGCCCUGAGAUACCUGCAGAUCUUCACUGCAAGAACAACCUGCAUGGUAUGAUCAUACCACAUAUCCAAAUCAGAAUUAUUAGAUGAUGAUAUUUUGAUACCCAGAGUAACUGUACACUUCAAGAAAAAAAACACAUCAUAAUAGAAGCUGACAUGUCUCCGGUGAGCAGAUUUAUCAGUAGAACUGAGACCUAUAAUUUGUGUUCUGUCAGAAAGUGAGAUGUUCAGAUGGAUUUUAAGCCCUGUCUGUGUCCCAGUUCCAGUGUUCUGUCAGGCUAAACAACAUAUGUAGUCACAAUCCUGCUUGUCACGACCUUGGGUUUUAUUGUGGUGUUAUUCUGUUAUUUUGGUUAAUGUCCGUUUCGGUUUUCCUCGUUGCCUCUGUGAUCUUGUUUAGGUUUUGUUAGUUGGUCAUUGCUUCCUUGGUCUCUGUUGUAUUUAAUUACUUAUAUCCUUGUCUAUUGUCGGUAGUUUUACCUCAGGUUUUAUUUGUUAAUUUUGGUGGGGGGUUUUUUUCUAGCUUUGUUUCCUGUCUGCCUUGAUUCCUAAUGUGUCUCACCUGUGAUUAAUUGCCCUGCCUGCUUGUGUGUGGUGUGCCCCUAUAUGCAUUGCCCUCAGUUGUGUUCAGUCCUUCUGGUGUCAUCGUAUGCAGAGUGUUCUGCCUUGUGCUCUUUCUCUGGAUUUCUGAAUUCUUACUAUUCUACCUGUUUGGAUUACCUUACCUUUGUUGAAUUCAACCUUGGUUUGGACUCUUUCUCGUGCUGAGACGUAAGCCUAUUUUUGUUCAUUUAAUAAAUCAUCUUAAACUGCA